UCGUGAUAAUUCUUCCCGAACGUUCUGAAGUUGCAGAGAUUGUGGUUAUCUUCAUUCAUUUCCAAGAGUUCCCUGGUCCUCUCCAAGGUUCAGAAGUUUAGAGAGUCAACUUUCACGAUAUUAGAGUAUCCUGAUAAACAAAAGAUAUGUCGAUACAGAACUUUUUCAAGCGUUAUCUGCCAGUAGUUAAGGCCGACGAGGGAGAGGAAGAGGAAGAGGAACUAGUGGAUCCACAAACAGUCCUUCGUGAGGAAUGCAGUCAACUAUCGAAAUGUGUCAGUUUCAAAGAGAAGUUAGACACGUGUAACAACCGUGUUAAUUCAAGAUCUCACACAGAGGAAACGUGUGUAGAGGAGAUUUUGGAUUACGUGCAAUGCGUAGAUCAUUGUGUCUCGAAGACUCUGUUCAGUAAACUCAAAUAAUUGCACCAUACUCCCAUAAAGAGCUAAACUGUUGUUCGCAAUGUUAAAGCUAAAAAUUUCUCUCAAAUAUGUAUAUAUAUAAUCAAAUACUAGCAAUAAAAGAUUAAAUUAUUA